UCAGUAUGACAGUAAACUUAUUUUAUUGAUUGUGAUCAAUCAUCAAAUAAAAAAUGAGAUGAUUUGGGGGAAAUAAUUUAACUUUAGUUUAGUUAACUUUAACCAAAUAUCCCAAAAUUUCAUCGAAAUAGUUUGAAUUAACAUUAGAAGGAUUAAAUAUGGGUUCCGAACAAUCAAUGCCUCCAAAAAAGCAGCCGCAAAGGGCUCCACCAGUACGCAGAGGACAUACGAUAGCAACUUCUAAUUUUCCAGAUACAAGGAGACCUGAACCAUCACCAAGUGGGAACAACUCUCCCGGAGCCAGUAUGUGCUCCGAUUCGGAACUGCCGUAUAUAUCUUAUACUGUGGAUAGACCUAUUGGAGAUUCACCCAAAAAUUCGGCGAAAACGCAACGAUCCGACAGUAAAAAGUCUCUUCUCCAACGGAGGCAGUUGAGCUUGCAAGCGAGGAGGAACAAAAGAGCUCGAGACAUCGUCGUCGUUAAGCCAGCGACGGACACGCAGUUGGACGAAGAUAUCAGGAGAUUACAGGAAAUACCAACGUUUCUGCCGAUUAUGCGAGGGACGCUCGGCUUACCGGGUGCAAAGGAUCCUGAAGUGCUUGAAGGUCUAGAUCCCAGACCGUGGGUCAGGAUGACUACGCGAAUCCAGGCGCACUUAUCCGCUUGCGCUCAGCCGCUGGCUGCCGAGGAGAUUCAUUUAGCAAACAAGAUUAAGGAGGCAGAUUCGGAAAUCACCCGUCUCUAUUCGAUAACGGUGGAGAAACAGAGAUGCAACGCGCGUCACGCUGAGAGGCUGUCGCGGGUGAGGGAGGUAUCACAUCAGCUAUCGAGGUGCAAUUCGUUGCUGAACCAGACCCUACAAGAUAUAGAAGAAUUGAACCAGUUGUUACCGGAGAAUAAGAGAUUGGAGCCGUUUGUAUGGAACGAACAAAAAGUUUGAAAUAAAUAAUUUAAUAGUUGAGAAUUAUUGUAAAUAUUUGCUAGGAUUUGAAUUAUUAAGUAUUAUGAUUUUAUUAAUUGAUGAGUUUUGAUGUUCAAACGUCGUAUAACACUCGUAAUAUUAGAACAGGAUGGAACCUUGUAUAAGUGAAGCGCUUUGUAUUGAAAAGUGUUACCAAUAAAAAAUGUUCGAGAUAUGCAGAUUCGUAAAUGCUUUCCCAAAAUGGUGUAAAUAGUAUCGCGUGUAUCGGAAUAUCUUAUUAGGGAGUCGGUUUUCAAUUUCAGAAGUGAGAUGACGUGAGCGUUAACAGAAUAACACUGAUGCCUAUUUUUUUUAACGUUCAGUACUCGUAUAAAUUGAUGCCGUAAGAAUUAUCAACCAUUCCUUAUAACAUCAAUUUGUCACUGACCUUGAGAACUGUGUUAU